AAUGUUUGAUUAAUUCUAUUGAUAUGAUGAAAUGUCAGAUGAAAAUAUCAUUGAUUACUAAUCUAUAAUUAAGGAACUUCUACAAAUUGUCAUUCAACUGUAAUAAUUUGUCAUUCAACUGUCAUAUUACAAUAAAUUAGAAUAAAUUUUUCAACGGUAUUAAGAAAUGCAACAAGAUCAGAAGCUGAAAACACCCAUGGAAAACUUUACCAUACUCCUUUUCUGUGUCUUUUUCACCUCCACCUUCAUAAUAUCCAUGCCCUUGGAUACUAUAUAUCCAACUGAAAGUAUUAGAGACGGUGAGACAUUAAUUUCAGAUGGUGGCAGCUUUGAACUUGGGUUUUUCAGCCCUGGAGCUUCUAAAUAUCGAUACUUGGGUAUUUGGUACAAAAAAGUAUCCAAUGGGACCAUUGUUUGGGUUGCCAAUCGAGAAACACCACUCACUGAUUCCUCUGGCCUUCUGAAGUUAAACGACACUGGACUUCUUGUUCUUCUCAAUCAGAAUAAUACUAUCGUAUGGUCUUCCGGUACAUCAAGUGUAAUUAGUAACCCAGUUGUUCAACUGUUGGGAUCAGGAAAUCUUGUUAUUAGAGAUGAAAAUGAUGUUAACCCACAAAAUUUCUUGUGGCAAAGUUUUGAUUAUCCUGAUAAAACAUUAUUGCCAGGAAUGAAGAUUGGAACUACGGCUAAAGGCUUGGGUAUACUUCUAUCAUCAUGGAAGAGCUCAGAUGAUCCUGCUGUAGGAGAUUUUACAUAUGAGCUUGAUCACAGCACAUUACAGAUAGCUAUCAAAGAAAAUUCAGUUGUCAAGACUCGAUAUGGGCCUUGGAAUGGUGUUCAAUUCAGUGGGCGACCUUAUUCAGAACUAGCCUCAAUUUUUACUUUUUUUUCUAACCAGAAGGAGGUAUACUAUAGCUUUGAUGGAUUUGUAAACAAAUCAAUUGUUACAAGGAUGGUUCUGAAUGAUAAUGGAGUUGCGGAGUGGCUCAUAUGGAUUUAUCAAACCAGUGACUGGAGGAGAUACAUAUCUGGACCGACAGACAACUGUGAUGCUUAUGCAUUAUGUGGUGCUUACGGUAUUUGUGACACUAGAAGAUCACCUCUUUGUAGUUGUCUGGAUAGAUUUGUGCCCAAAUACAAAAAUGAUUGGGACGGAGGAGACUGGUUAAGUGGAUGUGAUCGAAGAAUGCCGUUGGAUUGCCAGAAAGGAGACAAGUUCGUUAGGUACUCCAAUGUUAAAUUGCCUGACAUGAAAAAUUCGUCAACCAAUGCGAGCUUGACGCUAGAGGAAUGUAAGAUGCUAUGCUUGAAAGAUUGUUCUUGCAUGGCUUAUGCUGUUUCAGAUAUUAAAAGAGGGAGUGGAUGCUUCUUUUGGUUUGGUAACCUUCUUGACAUCAAACAAUUAACUGAGGAUGGGCAAGAUCUUUACAUUAGGAUGUCUUCGUCUGAAAUAGAUGACGAAUAUACAAAGAUUAACGGGAAGUCAAAAAUCAAGAUCAUAGCGGCCAUUCUCUCAGUUACCGGAGCGAUCGUCCUAGGCCUAGCAUUGGCAAUAUUUGUUCGGAAAAGAAAGCAGCGGAAGUACAGCAAUCUGGAAAGAAAUGCAAAUAACAAUAAUAAAAAUGAAGACCUAGAAUUACCGCUCUUUGAUCUGGGCAUUAUUGCUUCUGCAACCAAUAACUUCUCCUUCACCAAUAAAAUCGGAGAAGGGGGUUUUGGACCUGUUUAUAAGGGAGUGCUGAAAAAUGGGCAAGAAGUCGCUGUGAAGAGGCUAUCAGCAAAUUCAGAACAAGGAGUUAAUGAAUUCAAGAAUGAAGUUGUGUAUAUUGCCAAACUUCAGCAUCGGAAUCUGGUGAAACUACUUGGAUGUUGCAUACAGGCAAAUGAAAUGAUGUUGAUCUAUGAAUUUUUACCGAACAAAAGCUUGGACUUCUUUAUUUUCGAUGAAAGAGACAAUAUGCUGCUAGAUUGGCCUAAGCGCUUCCACAUUAUCAAUGGAAUUGCCCGUGGCCUGCUUUACCUUCACCAAGAUUCCAGACUAAGAAUAGUUCAUAGAGAUUUGAAAGCAAGCAACAUCUUACUCGAUAACGAAAUGAAUCCAAAAAUUUCAGAUUUCGGUCUCGCUAGAAGUUUUGGAGGAAAUGAAACGGAAAAAAUAACAAAGAAAGUGGCAGGGACAUAUGGUUAUAUGUCUCCGGAGUAUGCAAUUGAUGGCCUGUACUCGGUAAAAUCCGAUGUGUUUAGCUUUGGUGUCAUGGUGCUAGAGAUAGUAAGUGGAAAAAGGAACAGAGGAUUCUAUCAUCCAGACCACAAUCUUAACCUUCUUGGGCAUGCAUGGACACUCCACAAAGAAGGGAGGUCUAUUGAAAUGAUUGACACAUUAGCAAGAAAUUCUUGCAAUCUAUCUGAAGUGGUACGGUCUAUCCAUGUCGGUUUACUUUGCGUUCAACGGAGUUCAGAAGAUAGGCCAAGCAUGUCAACAGUGGUUUUUAUGCUGGGCAGCGAAGGUGCAUUGCCGCAGCCUAAGCAACCUGGAUUUUUCAAUGAGAGGGAAAUAACUGAGGCGAAUUCCUCAUCAGACAAGGAUACCUCAUUUUCUACUAACUAAAAGGACGAUAAAUGCAUAUCAUUCUGAUAUGUUUUUAAUUAUAUUUUUUCGGGCA